GCGAAUGCUUGCUCACGAACCCUAGCCAAAGGCGAGCAUAUAAGAAGAGGGUUCUAUUGCCUUGCAACGUCCCGAAACCACUCGCGAAAUGCAUUCUCUGUCUAGUUGGGUCCUUGGAAUAUUGGGUAUAGGCGCAGCAGUCUGUCAGGCUGCUGUCACCACCGUCAGCGUCAGCGCAACUGCGAGCCAUGCGAUCCCGACUACCCUUUUUGGACAAAUGUUCGAAGAUAUUAACAGCGGCGAUGGUGGAUUAUACGCCGAGAUGCUGCAGAAUCGUGCCUUCCAACAGGUCACUCCAGGAACAUCAGACGCUUUGGAUUUCUGGAGUGCCAUUGCUGGAGCAAAUAUAGCCGUUAUUGCGGACCCUAAACCUGUGUCAGAUGCGCUGCCAAACUCUCUACAGGUUUCCGUCCCUGGCAAAUCGACAACUGCAGGCUUCGCAAACUCCGGCUUUUGGGGUAUUAACGUGAACUCUUCCUGGACGUAUACGGCUUCCUUCUACUAUAAGUUCCCGACGUCGUCCAGCCAGUCAGUCAAGUUCACAGUCGAGCUUCGCUCCGCCUCUGGCAAGACCCUCGCUUCGAGCGCGACGACUGCCUCAGGCACUGCCACGACAUGGAAGCAGGUCCAGCUGACGUUAAAGCCCACUACGUCUGCGCCAGAUGUCAACAAUCAGUUUGUCGUUCUCGUUCAGCCGAGCGGAAGUGCUACCACAACCGUCGACUUUGCCAUGUUCUCGCUAUUCCCACCAACCUUCAAGGGCCGCUCAAACGGUAUGCGGAUGGACAUAGCUGAGACACUUGUCGAGAUGGGUCCGAAGUUCUUCCGUUUCCCAGGAGGCAAUAACCUUGAAGUACGUCCUUCGUGUCGAGGUCAGACUACUGCUACUCGUUGGCAAUGGAACGCAACCGUAGGCUCUCUGCUCGACCGGCCUGGCCGUGUUGGUGACUGGGGUUAUGUUAAUACCGACGGUCUGGGGCUGCUAGAGUACCUGCAAUUUUUUGAAGAUGCCGACAUGGAACCCAUCAUGGCCGUAUGGUCAGGUUACUCCCUCGGCGGCACCAGUCUUCCUGAGAACGAGCUUGCACCAUACAUUCAGCAAUCCAUUGAUCAGGCAUGUUAUGACUUAUGCUGCUCUGCUUCAGGUCACUUAUCCCUAUAUGCCCUAGAUCAACUUCAUUAUUCUCGCUCGUCUCAAGGGUAUCGCUCGCCAGGUGCUCUGCGGGCGUCUCUCGGCCAUCCUGAGCCUUUUACACUAAAUUACGUUGAGAUUGGAAACGAGGACUUUUUCGCUGCUGAUACUUACCCAUACCGUUUCCAAGACUUCGUUGGCAACCUUAGCAAGGCCUUUCCGCAGCUGACUUUCAUUGCCACAUCAGACGUAGGUGACCCUACGUUGACCCCAACCCCACAGGCAUACGAUGUGCAUGUAUACCAAACUCCAGGCUGGUUCGCGCAGAACGUCUUCUCCUACGACAGCUUUGCACGUGAUGGUCAGAAAUACUUCGAGGGAGAGUAUGCUGCUAUCUCGACCAAUGCCAAUGACCUUUUCGGGACACCGUCGGACGGUAGGCUCACCUUCCCGACCAUGCAGAGUUCGUCUGGAGAAGCCGCCUUCAUGACUGGACUCGAGCGCAACAGCGAUAUCGUGUUCGCGGCAUCCUAUGCACCUCUUCUGCAGCAUGUGAACAGUACACAAUGGACUCCCGAUCUUGUCAGCUUCGAUGCUGGUUCGGUAGUCCGCUCAACGAGCUUUUAUACACAGAAGCUCUUCGCUACGAACCAGGGCGACGAGUUUAUGCCGAGCACACUGCCCAACCAAAAUGGCACCGUCUUCUGGAGCAUCUCCAGGUUGACAUCCACGCUGGAAGUCAUCAUCAAGAUCGCAAAUAGCGGAAACUCUAGCGCACAGCUUGCUUUUGCUCUCCCGUUCAGCGACGUCGCAAGCUCUGGUACGCUGCAGCUCCUCACAGGCGCAGAGACCGCGAGCAACACACCUGAAGCGCCGAACACUGUUGUGCCGAAGACAAGCACUAUCACGACUGGAAAGACGAUCGACUAUACCGCGCCCGCGUUCAGCGUUAGCAUCAUCCGCGUCGUUGCGUCUUGAGUGAGCUGAGGUAGCAAGGACCUCUGUCUAGUAUUGAAUGUAAAGUAUGUGAUGUAUGAGUACUUUUGUGUCUACCACGAGAGCUUGGCCGGGUCCAUCUCCUCAUUGUCGUCUAUGUCCUGCGCGGCGACAUCAAUCAGGCUCCGCUCGAUCGCAGGCAAGUACGCGCGAAGCUUCGCUAGCUCGCCAAUGCGUACGCAGGCAUGAUCGAAUGCGAGUGCCGACACAGGUGCAGGUGUGCCGCCUGGUGACACCGGGGCAGCCGGAUUGAGCUCUGGUGGCGGCUUUUGGGGGUAGCGGGCUGAGAAGUGAGUGAGCAGUAUAUUUUCAGCGUGCAUCCUGUAUGAUAGACCGGUAAGG